AUCCAUCUGGGUUUCUCAGUUUCAUGACCUGCUUGCAGUCCAUCAUUCAGUGAUCAGAUUAUCGGCCAAACCCCCAUGAUGCCGUCACAGCUUUUACGCAAAACUUCCAGAGCUGUACACAGUGUACAGUGUCUGGCUUGAAGACGACCGGGUGUAGUUGCACUUGGCUUGUCAGAGCAGCUCAUUACUACAUCUCUGAGCGUGUCAAGUGUCACGGCUAAUCUAGCUGCUUGACAUUUUUUGACGGCAUUCCCUCCCACAGGAAAGGGCGAUAUGGGAAAUAGCAGUUGAUAAGUGUGGUUUCGAUUUCAUGCUUCAGUCGUUGGAUCGUAAUAUACUUGCUUCGAGGUAGUUCAGGGCCUUAUUUUGAAGAAAGCUCACCAAAACACGCUAGAAAGAAAAGGCAAAUGAGUGACAUUAAAUGGGCUGCAUGUUCUGCUGAUAGUCUAUAACGAAAAAACCGCCAAGCAGGACCCGUUGUGUUAUGGCGCCGUCGAGAAGACCUCAAGUGUUGUGAAUAGUCAAAAAUUCCAUGUCUUUUGCGUCUAAAUCAAGCCCGUUCUUUCACCCAGCAAGCAAGCCUGGCCUUUUGAACCUUAAAGCGAGUGAAACUUUUUCAGACAAGUGCGCCUAGAUAUCUCAGGGAAAAAACACAAAAACAAUGGCGCAUCAGUUGGUGGACUUUCCAGCUCACCACUUACCGCCUUCCACCUCUGGCGAAGCGUCUCCCCUCCUGAACAAUUCCCUGUUGCAGACGACCUUCCUGAUGCAGCACGUCCUUCUGCCGACCCUGUACGCCGCGCUGACGCCCUCCUCCUUCGGGAACAAGACGAAGACCCGCAGGUUCCAAAACUAUCUCUCCGGGAACAAGGAGGCAAUUGACGUCAUCAAUGAGAAUCUGACAGAUAUGAUCAAGAAAAGAUUCAGGAAAGACGGAAGGAUCUUCGACGAAGACAACGAAGAGCGAUGCAGGAAGAAGCGGAAUCUUGGUUACAGCAACAUCGUUGCCCAGGAGACGCUGGUUGACCUUCAGGAAACAGUUGCUAGGAAGAUGCUUCAGAAGCAUCUCGACGAAGAUAUCAGAGGAUUGCUGCAGUCGAUGUUGCUUCAUAUGGAGAUGCAGAGGGAGAGUCUGCGUAGGAUGAAAACCAUUCACGUGAUGGCUGACGCCCAGGAUUCCAGAAAGAAGAGAGCGAGUACGAGGUGCAAGGACCCGUAUUUCCCCGUCGGGAGCGAAUGCUUCCACGUGGCCUACGAGGACAAACUCGAAUGGCACGAGGCUAUUUCGGCUUGUCAUAAACUCCGAGGUCAUCUUGCAGAACCCGAAAAUCCCAAGGAGCUUGUCCGAGCCCUCAAGAAAAUCAAGGGGCGAUUCAACCGAGCCUGGAUCGGGGGAAGCGACGAAGAGGAAGAGGGGAACUGGAGGUGGCUCUCGGGACGCUCCUUGUCCGACAGCCAAGACUGGCGUCAAGGGCAGCCCAGCAACUACAGCAAGCACGGCGACGUUCAGCACUGCCUGGCCAUCGUGCGACAGACGCCGUCGGGAGAUCCGCCCCUGGCCGAUUUCUCCUGCUGGGCACAAAGGGCGUACGUGUGCGAAACUGAACCGGAGUGUUAGGAAAGGGGACGGGCGAAGGAAUGGAACGGUUUCGGGGCGAAAUAACAUUUUCCAAUGAACUUGGCAGCGAAGAAGAAGAUGAAGAAGAAAACUCCUCAUUCGUCCCUCUCUUCGAGGUGUCUGGUGGUAUUUCAUAUUUGCAUAUUUAAGGCAAUAGUCAUCAUAAGAGGAAAAAAUGUGUUGAUAUUGAUGAUAAUGAUGAAGAUGACGAAUUGGGCAAAAAAUGUCAAUGUAGAUUCCCUUUCAUAAGACGAAAAAUUUUGACGGCGGUAAUGACGACGUUCAUGAUAUUGAUGAUGAUAACGUUUACGAAUGAGAAAAAAAAGUUUUCCAAAUGGUGCCACUGAUGUCUCUUGAUGUUAUUUUAGAUGACGAUCUUUUAGCGAAAAAAUAUCCAGUGAUAAGAAUCAUUGUGGUGGUGACGAAGACGAUAGGAACGGUUACCGAGUAAAGGAAUCAUUUGCAAAUAAACCUUUUCUUACAACAGAGAA